UUGGCCUUCCAUACCCAAGAAAUUAUCAUUUUCUCUCUCUACAACUCCUUCUCUCUCUAAAUAUCCCUUUCUCUCUCUACAUUUUCAUAUCCCUUUCUCUCUCUCUGCACCUUCUAUAGCCAAGGAAAUAUCCCCCUCUCUCUCUCUAACAUUUUCUUAGCCUUCAAUGGCCAAGCAAAUGUCUCUUUCUCUCUCUAUAUUUUCGAUUUUCUCUCUCUUAUUCCUUGUUAGGAUUAUCCAUGGCCACCCUGACUACAAGGAUGCACUUGCAAAGUCAAUAUUGUUUUUUGAGGGGCAAAGAUCAGGAAAGAUUCCUCCAAGUCAGAAGAUUACUUGGAGGUCUGAUUCAGGCUUAUCUGAUGGAUCGAGGGCUCAUGUGGACCUGAGCGGAGGUUACUACGACGCGGGGGAUAACGUCAAGUUCGGAUUUCCGAUGGCCUUCGCGACCACCAUGCUCUCGUGGUCCGCUCUGGAGUUCGGGAAACGCAUGGCCUCUCAGUUGGAGCCCACUCGCGAGGCCAUUCGGUGGGCCACAGACUACCUUCUAAAGGCCUCCACUUCAACUCCCAACACUCUCUAUGUUGGAGUAGGUGAUCCCAAUACGGACCACAGGUGCUGGGAGAGGCCAGAGGACAUGGACACAACACGAGACGUGUACAAAGUUACACCAUCGAACCCUGGCUCGGACGUGGCCGGUGAGACCGCGGCCGCACUUGCUGCGGCCUCGAUGGUGUUUAGGAAGGUGGAUAGGAGAUAUUCGAAGGUGUUGCUAUCCACCGCAAAGAAGGUCAUGGCCUUUGCCUAUGAGCAUAGAGGGGCCUAUAGUGACUCACUUGGUUCGGCUGUUUGCCCCUUUUAUUGCUCCUAUUCGGGCUAUAAGGAUGAGCUGCUCUGGGGAGCCACAUGGUUAUUGAGGGCAACUAAUGAUGUUUAUUAUCUUAAUCUAAUACGGUCUUUGGGUGCCGAUGAUGAUGCCGAUAUUUUCAGCUGGGAUAACAAAUUUGCUGGUGCCCGUGUUCUUCUUUCUAGGAGAUCUCUGGUUAAUGGGGACCCAACUUUCAAGCAAUUCCAAAUGGAAGCUGAGAAAUUCAUGUGUAGCAUUUUACCAAAUUCGCCCUCGUCAACAACAACAUAUACACCAGGUGGACUUAUUUACAAGCUAAGUUCGAGUAACCUCCAAUAUGUGACAUCCAUAAGCUUUUUGCUCUCUACAUAUGCAAAGUACAUGAUGACUUCGCAUCACACCUUCAAUUGUGGUGGUACCUUUGUCAACGGUCCUACACUAAGAAGACUAGCCAAGAAACAGGUGGACUACAUUCUAGGGGACAACCCCCUUGGGAUGUCCUAUAUGGUCGGGUUUGGACCGCAGUUCCCUCAACAUGUGCACCAUAGGGGCUCUUCCCUUCCCUCUAUAGGGGCAUACCCUCAAAGCAUAGGGUGCGAAGCCGGCUUUCAUGCAUUCUAUAAUCCAAACCCUAAUCCUAACCUCCAUAUCGGUGCUGUUGUCGGUGGGCCUGACCAAAAUGACAGAUACUCUGACGACCGAACGAAUUAUGCCCAAUCAGAGCCUGCCAUGUAUAUCAAUGCCGCACUAGUGGGCCCCCUCGCUUACCUAGCUGGGAGCAAUUAACACAUUACUGUAGUAGUGGUCAUGAGGACUCCAUGUAUGUGUGCCUCUUCUCUAAUGAGAAAGUAGGUAAUGGAGAAUCCAGUUGUUAGAGAAUGAAACUUUCUCUAGGUUUGUUGUGUUGGUCUAGGGGUUCAUGACCUAAUUGCUCUAGCAAUAUGGAGUCAUGGGUUAAAAGUCUAACUUUCAAUAGAAAAAGAAGAGUUUGUAUUGAGUGGAGAGGAAAGUGGACCUUGGGUUGUAACUUGUGCGUUUUCAUCAAGAACAAUAUUAAUGAUCACUCCUU